CUCUCUCUCUCUCUUUUCUUUCUUUCAUCUGAAAGGCUCUGCUGUCAUGGAAUUAUGAUGCUUGUUCAGCUUCUUGACUCCCUUUUGCUGGAGUUCCACAUGGGAAUGGAGAGAAUCUCCCAGCCAGGUUGUCUCAAUUCCCGAAAUCCAACCUUCUCCCUCCCCCAAGAUCCCGCCACAAGUACUGUUUCAGCCAGUCCAAGGUCUCAACGCACACCGGGGUUGUGACGGCCAGAGUCAAACUGAGACCAGGAAAAAGUGCUUGGAGUUUCACUUCCCCGCCUCUCUCAUGUCUGUCGCAAAGGCUGGCUUUGGAUGUGACUUCCACCUGCAAGGCCUAGGGGAUCUGUGUAUAGAGAACCAGACAAACUGUUUAGGGAGCGACUCGAGUGGUCUGGACAGCUCCCCCGACGGCGGAGCCUUUGAUCAGAAGGCGGAUCAGUCCGCGGAAGCUGCCUCCUGUCAGCUCUCUUGGGACUCGACAUGGAUCCCGGCCUCCUGAAGACAAGUAACAGCAGGUUGUCGCUGCCUCCGCCGCCGCCUAAAUCUCUUUUACAGCAUCAGAGAGACUUGCCACUUCCCGCCGUGGUCGGCAGCGGCAAGUGCCAAGAAGUCAGGAAGUCCCGAUGGCACACGAACUGCAUCGAGGCCCCACUGUCGCGGCUGUUCCGCGGGCUGGGGCGCUGGGUGGCCAGGUACCCCUGGCUCUUCCUGCUAUCGUCGCUCUUGCUGUCGGCCGGCCUGGGAACUGGCUUUAUGUUCCUGGAGCAGCGCAAAACGGACGACAUCGAGGAGCAGUUCACGCCCGUUGGGGGCCCGGCGAAGGGAGAGAGGAGUCUGGCCCAGAAGUAUUUUCCCACCAAUGACUCGGAGCACUUUUCGGCGUCGAGGCUCACAACCGAGGGCACGUUCGCCUCCCUCCUGCUGGUCUCCACGUCGGACUCGUUGCUGACAUCAACGACUUGGAUGCAAAUCCAAUUGCUGGACGAAAUCGUGAAGGGCUUUAGUAUAAAGGAUGCAGAUGGCGUCUCCUUCACCUACAAGAGCCUGUGCGCCCAGACUCUCUCUGGGUGCAGUCUCCCCAACCCGCUUCUGGCAUUUCGGGUUCUCCCCACGAACCUUACUUUCCCCAUCAUGACAAACGGCUCGGUCCAAAUCUUUCUGGGCAACUCGGUCGGGGGCGUGCAACUCGGGGCCGGGCGGGCCCCGAACAGGAUCCUGGAGAAGGCGAAGGCUCUGAAGCUGAUAUACUACCUGCGCGAAGACUCAGAGCAGGAUCGCCUAAGGAGCCAGAAAUGGCUGAGCGCUUUCCUCAAAUUCAUCCCGUCCCUGCCGCAGAAGAACUUGGAGAUAUCCUACUUUACAUCGCUAUCCAGGCAGGAGGAAUUCGAAGGAAAUGUGAAGGAAGUAAUUCCAUUGUUUUCUGUCUCCUACUUUCUCAUCAUAUUCUUUUCAAUUGUCUCAUGUUACAGGAUGAAUCACAUAAUCAGCAAAAUGUGGGUGGCAGCAUUUGGAGUCAUUUCUGCUGGUUUAGCAGUGCUGAGCAGCUUUGGUCUUUUGCUGCAUUGUGGAAUACCAUUUGUUGUCACAGUUUCCAAUGCACCAUUUCUUAUUCUAGGAGUUGGUGUUGAUGACAUGUUUAUCAUGAUUUCUGCCUGGCAGAAGACCAAAUCCAUACAUAGUAUUGAACAGAGGCUGGCUGACACCUAUGCAGAGGCAGCUGUGUCCAUCACAAUCACCACGUUGACUGAUGUCCUCGCUUUCUAUAUUGGGAUCAUGACCCCUUUCAAAUCCGUGCAGGCCUUCUGUAUCUACACAGGAACAACCCUUCUUUUUUGUUUUUUAUAUAACAUUACUUGUUUUGGAGCAUUUCUUGCCCUCAAUGGUAAAGUUGAAGUCUAUCUGAACCAAUUUGUCUUUCAGCAGGAACAGGAAAAAAAUUCCUGUGCAAAAAAGAUUCUCUAUAGAAAAGGCUUUUAUAUCUCACCAAAUGGUGAAGAAGAAAUCCAUGCAAUGAAUAUAUUCUUUAGGAAGUAUUAUGGCCCCUUACUCACCAAAAAAGGGUCUAAGCUCUUUGUGAUACUACUGUAUGCUGGCUACUUAGCUGCUAGUAUUUACGGGUGUUUCCAAAUCCAGGAAGGUAUAGACCUUCGAAACCUGGCCAAUGAUAACUCCUAUGUCAUUCCUUAUUAUUCUAGAGAAAAAGAAUAUUUUUCAGAAUUUGGUCCCAGGGUCAUGGUUUUAGUUACUAAAUCUGUUUCAUAUUGGGAUGAACUCACUCGGAACGAAUUGAACGAUUGUUUGAAAUCAUUAGAAAGUAAUGAUUAUGUGAAUGAAAAUUUCUCAGAGUCUUGGUUAAAGGCAUAUGAGAUAUUUUUAACAGCAUCACACCAAGAUAUAAACGAUAGGACUGUAUUUUUAAACUUCAUAGACCUAUUUUUAGAAAUAUUUCCCGAAUUUAAAUUGGAUAUUAAAAUGAAUAGAACUGCAAAAGAAAUAUUAUCUUCACGCUUCUUCAUUCAGUCAGUAAAGGUUAAUACUGCAGUAAAUGAAAAGAUGAUGUUAAACCAACUAAGAAACACUGCUGCACAAUGCUACAUCCCCCUUACGGUGUAUCACCCGGCAUUUAUCUAUUUCGAUCAGUAUGCUGUGAUUGUAGACAACACUAUUCAAAAUGUUGCCGUAGCAGCUGGCGCCAUGUUGAUAAUUUCCUUGUUGUUCAUUCCCAAUCCACUAUGUUCUCUGUGGGUUACCUUUGCUAUUGCCUCUGUGAUUGUAGGUGUGGCGGGUUUCAUGUCCUAUUGGAACGUCAAUCUUGAUUCUAUAUCCAUGAUCAACCUUAUAAUUUGUAUUGGAUUUUCAGUAGACUUUUCUGCUCAUGUGUCCUAUGCAUUUGUUUCCAGUGAUGCUACGAAUGCAAACCAAAAAGUCAUUGAAGCACUGGUUCUUCUGGGCUACCCAGUGAUACAAGGAGCUGCUUCUACCAUAAUAGGGGUGAUCGCCUUAGCUGCAGCAAAUGCUUACAUCUUCAGGACCUUUUUCAAGAUCAUGUUUCUGGUUAUAUUGUUUGGGGCAGCUCAUGGCCUCAUCUUCAUUCCCGUGUUUUUAACCUUUUUUGGAAUUUGUAGCAAAGCCCGUGAAAAGAUCCCUGAUAGAGAUCCUGACUGUCCUUAAUUUCUAUGCUCUUUUGUAAACGAUGCCUUUAGAGGAGUUGACAAUAUGCAUUUUUUCUUAAUCUGAAAUCCACAUUUCCCAAAUGCAAUGUAUUGGGUUGUUUGGGUCAAAAUCCUUCUUUGCUAACCUUUUAAAUCCAUUAGCAUAAGAUGCAGGUUCUGGCUGGAAAUGACUUAUUCUCACAACAAUAUCCCCUAACAUUUCACUCCUCAAUUCCACUAGUGUACUUUUCCUUCCUUCCCUUUACAAUUAUACCAUCUGUGGUAAGUGUAAGGUUCUCCUUUCCAAACCCAUGCAGAUUACGCUCAUUUUUCUCUAAUCAACUUUGAGACUUGAUUAGUUCAGGGGAUUAAUGACUCAAGCUAUUGAUUGCUUCUUGGUUUUCCAAGUCCAGAAAUUGCUAGAAUGAGCUCCAGUCUUGCUCUAACAUUUGUCCAAUGGUCUACAAUGAGCAAAAGUGGAACUUUGAUCAUCUGAAUGAACUCAGGAUGAUCUUAUUGCCUUCUUUUGUUGACUUUUAUUCUCCUGCUAUUCUCAAAUAUGUGGAAAACUGAGUCAAAUUUGUAAAGAUACAAGCCAUUUCCCAGUUAAUAAUGGUCAAAGGAUAUGAACAGAUAGUUUUCAGAUGAAGAAAUUAAAGCCAUCUAUAGUCAUAUAAAAAUUCUCUAAAACACUAUUGAUUAGAGAAACUCAAAUUAGAACAACUCUGAUGUAUCACCUUAGACUAUUAGAUUGGCUAAUAGUACAGAAAAGAGAAAUGAUAAGUAUUGGAGAAGAUGUGAGAAAAUUGGGACACUAAGAUACUGUUGAUGAAGUUGGGAAUGGCUGAUCCAGCCAUUCUGGAGAGCAAUUUGGAACUUCGACCAAAAGAUAAUCAAACCAGGCAUACUCUGAUCUAACAGUGUCCCUAUUGGGUCUGAAUUCCAAAGAGUUCAUAAAAUAGGGCAAAGACCCACAAAUACAAAAAUGUCUGUAGCAACCCUUUUUGUAAUGUUAAGGAACUGGAAACUGAGUGGAUGUCCAUCAGUUGGGGAAUGACUGAAUAAGUUGUGUAUAUGAAUGUAAUGGAAUAUUAUUGUUGUAUAAGAAAUGAUGAGCAGACAUUUCAGAAAAUCCUGAAAAGACUUACACGAACUAAGCUAAGUGAAAUCAAUGGAACUAAGAGAACAUUGUACACAGUAACAAUAAGAUUAUGUGAUGAUCAGCUCUGAUGAACUUGGCUCUUUUCAACAAUGAGAAUAUUCAAGGCAAUUUCAAUAGACUUGGGAUGGAAAAAGCCAUCUGCAUCCAGAAAGAGAACUAUGGAGAUUGAAUGUGGAUCAAAGCAUAGUAUUCUCACCUUUGAGGGUUUUUUGUUGUUUGUUUGUUUGUUUUCUUUCUCAUAUUUUGUUUUUACCUUUUGAUCUGAUUUUUCUUGCAUAGCAUGACAAAUCUGAAAAUAUGUUUAGAAGAAUUGCACAUAUUUAACUUAUAUUGGAUUAUUUGCUGUCUAGGGGAGAUGGGGGAGGGAGGGAGAAAAAUUUGGAACACAAGGUUUUGCACAAGGGGAAUGCUGAAAACUACCUUUGCAUAUAUUUGGAAAAAUAAAGAGCUAUUAAAAAAACACAACUCUGAUGUACUAUCUUACCCCUGUCAGAACGACUAGUAGGACAGAAAAGGAAAACGAUACAUAUUGGAGAAUAUGUGGGAAAAUUGGGACACUAAGGCAUUGUUGGUGGAGUUGUUAAUGGCUGAUUCAGCUAUCCUGGAAAGCAAUUUGGAACUAUGAUCAAAGGGCAAUCAAAUUGUGCAUACCCUUUGAACCAGCAAUACCAUUACUAGGCUUGUAUUCCAAAGAGAUCAUAAAAAAGGGAAAAGGACCUGCAUGUAUAAUAAUAUUUAUAGCAAUGGAAAUUGAGGGAAUGCCCAUGAAUUAGAAAAUGAUGGAACAAGUUGUGGUAUAUGGAUGUGGUAUAUGGAUGUAUGCAUAAUAGUAUUAUGCCAUGAGAAAUGAUAAGUGGUUGGAUUUCAGAAAAACCUUUAAAGAUUUAUAUAAUCCUGAGUGAAUUGAGCAAAAAUAGGAGAACAUUGUAAACAAUAAAAGAAACAUUGUGUGAUGAUCAA